AUGCCUGGCGUCGCAGGGCUCAUCCCCACUGCGCCGCUCGUGGCUCUCCUCGCAGGUGUGUACAGCCUGGGGAAGGAGACGCUGCUGGUGGACCUGGCCGUGGAGAUCAGCACCUGGGUGGUGGUGAGCCCCUGGCGCCUGGAGCAGAUGCGGCUGCUGGAGCUGCCCGAUGUCUUCACCACCGAGGAGGGCGCCGGCUGGAUCCGUGCCGUGGAUGUCGCUGAGAUCCGCUGGGACACCCUUGUCAGCUGGAACAUGCUGCACCCUACCAUUGCCAUCCUCCCUACUGGCAGGCCCGUAAAGGUCACCCACCCCAAUAUCCACCCCAUUCCGUACUCGGAUCACUCAUCCUUUUCAGAGCUGUGCGAGUUUGUGAAGUGGCUGAAGCCUUGCUCGGUCAUUCCAAUCGUGAGGGGCAGCAUGUGCCAGGCGUACUUUCAGGAAUACCUGAGUUCUGCCCCCCAAGCACUUCCUGACCUCAAAAUGCCAAUGCCCGUGCAAGAGUCUGCACAGCAGCAAAGCAAAAGGAAGGGGCAGGAACCGACACGUCUCUUGAAAAGAGCUGCCCACCAUUCUGUGCCCCGAGGAGUUGUUUAUGAGUCCCCAGAGAAAUACACUGAGAAAUCUGAAGAGUUCACAGGCGUUAAGGUUCCUCAGCAGAACUACUGCGAGUCAGCUGUCUGCUCAAAAGAAAGUUGCACUUGUUGUCACACGGGCAAGGAGAAAGGGAAGGAAGAGCUGAGUGGAGAACAGCCAGGAGUGGCGAGAGCAGCUAGCGCUGUUUGCCGGGCACCUGUUUCUGAUGAGCACUUUGCAACUGGAUUUGCAGAGCAGUAUUUGCUCACUCCCUUAAAUGUCCUAAAGCAGAAUUCCUCACAGAAAUUUGACAAGCUGGUAGAAGAUUUCUUCAGAAGGGGCAAAGAAUCCUGA